CGGCAUCCGGUUUUUUUUCUAGGCAGGCUAGCUUAGCGAAAUAGCAGCAUACGGUGAAAUUACCCACAACAACAACCUGAAAGACAGAAAAGAUACCGCGGUCUGGUCCUCUGCUAAACAAUGGACGCGUUUUUUUGUCAGUUUUUGUUAUUUUGUCAGUACGUCCGGUGUCACCAGCUGGGCGAGUUAGCACAGCCGGCUAACUGGCUAAUUAAACCCUAACAAGUGUUCGGCUGCUUGUCUGACUAGCUGACGAAAGAAACCUGUCAAGAGGAGGAAAUUAUUAACUUAUAAUCUAAAAAAAGGCUUACAGUUGACACAACAGAGUGAUAAGAAGGAGCCGGUAUGAACAGGAGCUUCAAGGACUGCGGCUGUGACUGCUAAGUUAGCUAAAUUGCCUGUAACGUUAGGUUGUUUGGAGUAAGUAAACGAUUUUACAGACAUACAGAUAACACUCGACGUUACUGGCUUGGAUAUAUAGUGUCGUCUUUUAAGAUGACAGUGGUUCUUGUUAACUGAAAAGCCUAGAAGUUGCCUUGGAAAUGUAAGCAACUGGGAGUAAUAUUGGUGUAAAUGUCAUAUUUAGCUGGAUUUCUUUGACUUAACGGGCUUUUCUUUAUGGCAGAUUUACAUGUAACGGUCGUUAUUUGCAUGUCAACGUGUCGCACGUCCUGUUUACAGUAGUUUAGGUCCGGUUGAUCAGCCCAGAAAAGUAAACAAGUGUGACAGACCAACCUGCUCACAGCACUUGAAACAACUUUGCACUACAACUAAUGUCUGGUACAUCUCUAUUUGUUAGACCUAGAUAUCAGGUUACUUGAAAUAACAACAUUCCUUUUAAGUAUUUAAUUGCUCUAGGCGCACAUUGUACUUUGACUCAUAGCCUUGUUUUUGGUGGUGCUGAGAAACAGAUGGAGUGGAAGCGGCCAAGACUGAGCAACAAACUAGGAAUAUUUCAUGUUGCUCUUUCUAAACAUUGAUGAUGACCUUUUAGGAAAAGCAAACAAGUGUUGUAACAUGAUCUCAGAGGUAAAAUGUUGAUAGGAAGGGUUAGGUUUAUGUUUCUUUAGUGUUCAUUUUAAUUUUUUAUUGUGAGCUGUUUGAUAAGGGUAGCAGGGAUGACUUUGUAUUUACUCAGUGACUGACUGAGAGCCAAACCAUAGUUGUAUGUGCUUUAAUUUUACCCACCUACCACAAUGCCGCCUGCACUGUUCAUAUUGAUGCUGCUUGGAGCAUUAUGCAGCUCCGGACAGGCCAUGUCAAGGGAGGAGAAGCACAAGUUGAGGAACCAAGUGGUUGAGAUGUUUGACCAUGCAUAUCAGAAUUACAUGGACCAUGCAUACCCAGCAGAUGAGCUGAUGCCUCUAACAUGCAGAGGAAGAGUACGCGGGCUAGAACCCAGCCGAGGUGAUGUAGACGACGCACUGGGAAAGUUCUCCCUGACCCUCAUAGACACUCUGGAUACACUUGUGCUUUUGAACAAGACAACAGAGUUUGAGGCUGCAGUGAGGAGAGUCCUGUCAGAUGUGAGGCUGGACAAUGACAUCGUGGUGUCCGUCUUCGAAACCAACAUUCGAGUCCUUGGAGGUCUUUUGGGAGGGCACUCUAUGGCUGUGAUGCUGAAGGAGGGAGGUCAACACAUGCAGUGGUACCAGGAUGAGCUCCUGCAUAUGGCCAAAGACCUGGGCCUCCGACUACUGCCGGCGUUUAACACCAGCAGUGGCCUGCCUUACCCCAGGGUGAAUUUGAAAUAUGGUGUCAGGGGUCCUGAGACGAGAACGGGCACAGAAACAGAUACCUGCACAGCGUGUGCAGGGACCAUCAUCCUAGAGUUCGCUGCCUUAAGUCGCUUCACUGGGGAUCCUGUGUUUGAGGCCCAUGCCCGCAGAGCCCUGGACUUCCUGUGGGAGAAGAGACAGAGGAACAGCAAUCUGGUCGGAACCACUAUCAACAUCCACUCUGGAGAGUGGGUCCGCAGAGACAGCGGAGUAGGAGCAGGAAUUGACUCGUACUAUGAAUACCUGCUAAAGGCCUAUGUCCUCUUGGGAGAUGACCAGUUUCUGCAGCGCUUCAAUAUUCACUAUGCAUCUAUAAUGAAGUACAUUAGCCAACCUCCUCUGCUGCUGGACGUCCACAUUCACAAACCUCUGCUCCCUGCUCGCACCUGGAUGGACUCUCUGCUGGCCUUCUUCCCUGGACUGCAGGUGUUGAAGGGGGAUAUCCGUCCGGCCAUCGAGACUCAUGAGAUGUUAUACCAAGUUACCAAGAAACACAACUUCCUCCCAGAGGCCUUCACUACUGAUUUCAGGGUACACUGGGCUCAGCAUCCCCUGAGGCCUGAGUUCGCAGAGAGCACCUAUUUCCUUUACAAGGCCACAGGAGACCCUUACUACCUGGAGGCAGGUCGCACCAUCCUGGACAACCUCAAUCGCUUUGCUCGUGUUCCCUGUGGCUUUGCUGCCAUGAAGGACGUGCGCACCGGGAGCCACGAGGACCGGAUGGAUUCGUUCUUCCUUGCUGAGAUGUUUAAAUACCUUUUCCUGCUCUUCGCUGAUACGGAGGACCUGCCUUUUGACGUGGAGGACUAUAUCUUUACAACUGAGGCACACCUGUUGCCUCUGUCCCUUUCUACAGCCCCUCACUCUUCAUCUAUUCCCUCAAAUAGAACGUCAGAGGAGGAGCUGGACGACUCUAACUUUGAUUGGACCUGCCCGAACACCCGCCUCCUGUUUCCUGACCCCGCCUUCCCUCGUAACCUGAGAGAACCAAUCCGUAGCGCCGUGGACAAGAGCUGCCCCCGCCCCGCUCCUUACCGGGAGCCCGGCAUGGGCCGUCCACCCCUGAGGGCUCAGGACUUCAUGGCAAACAACCCUGAACAUCUGGAGCUGCUGAGGAGGAUGGGAGUCAGUCUCAUCCACUUGAAGGAUGGCAGGGUGCAGCUGGUACAGCACGCUACGCAGGCGGUGAGCGCGGUAGCUGCAGAGGACGGUGUGCGUUUCAUGCAGGAGAUGAUGGAGCUGUCGAGCCAGCAGCAGAAAGAGCAGCUGCCUCCCAGAGCCAUUCAGAUCGUCUCACAUCCAUUCUUUGGCAGGGUUGUGCUGACCGCUGGCCCUGCACAGUUUGGCACCGACCUUUCCAAAAGUUCCACAGGGGUACGAGGCUUUGUGACUGUGGCUGAACCCUACAGUGGCUGUACUGAGAUCACCAAUGCUGAUUACGUCCAAGGCCACAUUGCCCUGCUCCAGAGGGGUCAGUGCAUGUUUGCAGAGAAGGCCCGACAUAUCCAGAAGGCUGGCGCCAUCGGAGGCAUUGUCAUUGACGACAACGAGGGCAGCAGCAGUGACACUGCUCCCCUGUUUCAGAUGGCCGGAGAUGGCCGCAGCACGGAUGACAUCACCUUGCCCCUCCUCUUCCUCUUCCACAAGGAGGGCAACAUCCUGCUGGAGGCGCUGAAGGAGUACAGGGAGGUGGAGGUGCUGCUGAGUGACAAAGCCAGAGAUAGAGCAGCCAUAUUCAAAGGUAAACCUCUUCCUGGCAGCCUGAUUGAGGGCAGUGUGGACGUGCAAGAAGCAGGGGAGGAUUGCCAAACUGAGGCGACAACUCCCGCCUCCUUUUCACCUACUAGCCAAUCGCAAAUGAGCACGGUGGAGCUAGACGAAUCUGCUCCUGAGGAGGUUCCUCCAUCACAGGAGGAAGUAAGUCCUGUAGAGGAAGACACUAGUCCGGCAGAGGAAGUUAGUCUACUGGAAGAGGAAGCUCGUACAACAGAGGCAGAAACUGAUGUGGCACAGCCUAAAGAGGAGAAAAACUCGAGAGAGGAGCCCGAGGGCGACACAGACUCCAGCAACCAGUCAGUGGAUGAACUGCUAGCUGAUUGGCGGGAAGACUUGGAGGCGUUCCAGCAGAUGGAGAAAGAUGAGCUCUGACAAUUGUCUGACAUGUCGUGCCCUGUGACUGUGGUUUGAUCCCGCCAUGGGAAGAAACCUGGAGGGAGCGCAUCUUCACACGUCACCAGCCUCAAUCAAACACUGAUGAACUGAAAAGAAGCAGAGGAGAAGCCUUUUUUUUUUUUUUUAAAACAUCAGACAUGGUUAAAAAUCAACUUUUCAUGACUGCUUCUUCUCUUGCCCUCUACGGAUGGCAUCAAGUGCCAAGGCAGCCCACAUACUGUAUCUCUCUGGACCAUAAGGGAGUCCUUUAGCCUGGUAGAUGAUGGAUGAGAGACCAGGGUUCUUACCUCACUUUCUCAUACAGUUUCUGUUUAUCUGUCAUAACAAACCCUAAUGAAUGACAUGGACCAGACUGUAUGUGUCAGCGUCUCGCUUUCCAACCCAAAUUAUUUCUCACACUGUCGUUCUCUCUAUGCAUUUCUGACUCCUUUAGCUCAAAUGAAUGCUGGUCCAACGACUACUUUCAGACUAAUUAAUCCAUCGACCAAUUUGUUUUAUUUAAAUGUGAUGACUUAUUUGUGAUGCAACAUUAACUGGUUUCAGGGGUUCGGGCCUAAUCAUAUGUAUACAUUGAUGGUUAACUGCAAGUUAAGGACUUAAUUGAGUUAAGGGUCAGUGAGAUUGAAUAAGCUGCAGGAUCUUUUAUGGCUUUAUGGUAGACAAACUCAACACCAAAUCUAUCUGGAGGAUAUAUGAAGUCAUCUGUCAAUGUAAAUAUGUAUUUGUCAAGAUGUAUUGAUGGGGGAAAAAAAAAAAUAUAGCGCUGUUUGCUCAGGUUCUGGUUCGACCCACAACCAACAACCUCCGGACCACAUUGGGUGGAGCAGACACACCCUCGGCAGUGCGUUGGGGUUGAUUACACACCCGUGGAUCGCCACAGGAGGGUGCUAUAUGAUUUGUCUGUCAUGCUGUAGUUGCUGACUGACUGGAAGGAGCAGAAAUAAGCCAAUAAGUUAACAAGAUGAAAUAAAUAAAAAAUUGAGAGGGGAAACUGGAAA